CAUCCAUCCAUCCAUCCAUCCAUCUAUCCAUCAAUCCAUCAUACAUCAUACCUUGCACAAGCAUAUCUAUGUUAAACACACCUACAUGUACACCAUGUAUGACGCCUAUUUCCACACCCUUAUACGUACAUCCGACAAGUCGUCGAGAUGUUAGUUAGUGGUAAUAGAUCGAGCGUCAAUCAUCACAUUCCCAUCAUUCCCAUGCCACGACAAAGAAAACACCCUGUUCCCUGGACCCGGCUAUUGCACACCGAAAGUUGGUGCCGUAUUCCCGGGUCUCCAUCUAGCAUAGGCUGUCAUACUAUGUACAAUAAUUCACAUUUUUACUUUGCAUGGUCUUGGGUCUCUUGGGUCUCUUGGGUCUAUCCACUCAUCCACUUAUUAUCCUUACAUACAGCUGCAUACAAGCUGAUGCGUGGUUGCUGUGAAUGCGAUCAAGCUUUAAAUCUUUUACGAUUUAAAGUUGACAAGUUGCGCACAACGCUAUUCUUUUUAUAUUGUUAUAUUCAAUUCGAUUCAAUUCACUUAAUUUUAGGUCCCCGCCAUAUGCAUACAUCUUUUUAUCCUAGGUAGUUACCUAGUUACCUAUCAUUAUCUUUUGAUUGUCCCACUAUUUCCUUUUCACUCUUCACAACCCAUGCAUUAAAACCAUUAAAACCAUUAAACCUGUUUAUGCUAACUAGUCCCUUCUAAACUUUAAGUGCUCUCGUUUAUGUCCCAGUUCUCCGGCUCUCACCAUUUUCAGCACAACGGUGACCCGAAAAACGUACAUAGCGUCUCUCCCACACCUUUGUCGUCACCUCCGAACGACCAGGCCCCCACAUCCAACGGCAAGUUGAAUUCGGCCCCUACCAAUAAUAAAAGCCACCAUACCAUCAACGUUGGUAGUUUCCGCACACGAACUCGGGCUCGCGCUGUUUCGACGCCUAUUCCAACAUCUCCCGCCCGGGUUAACCAUGAUAGCUCCCUUCUAGAUAUAACUCCUAUAUCAAGUGAGACGCAUCGCAGAACCACAAGUCGAACUUCCUCUAGGCCGUUGUCUAUGGUGCAAACCUACCAACCGCCCCUCAUGGAUGUCAACGAAGAUACGAUUCCCGAACUCCAGCCUAUAUUUACCUUCCUCAAUAGUCAUGCGAAUAAGCUGUACCAAGAGGGCUAUUUCCUAAAGCUUGACGAUCAGAAUACUCAGGGUAAACUGAACUCCGAUCGCACCUGGACAGAAUGCUUUGCACAGUUGGUGGGAACUGUGUUAUCCUUGUGGGAUGCGGCUGAAUUGGAUGCUGCGGGGGAGGAUGGGGAGGUUCUGCCAAAGUUCUUAAACUUGACGGAUGCUUCCAUUAAGAUGAUCGAAUCCCUGCCUACAAGGUCGAAUGAUGAGCAGCCGUUGCAAAAUAUCCUCAGUAUAUCGACAGCAGGACGGAACCGUUAUCUUUUACAUUUCAACUCCCGGCAAUCCCUCAUACAAUGGACUGCUGGUAUCAGACUUGCCAUGUUCGAGCAUUCGACUCUCCAAGAAGCCUAUACAGGGGCAUUAAUCGCGGGCAAGGGCAAGACACUGAACAAUAUUGGCGUCAUUAUGGAAAGAGCACGUACGCCAAUGGAUCAAUGGGUCAGGGUCCGAUUUGGAGCUGGCGUGCCAUGGAGACGCUGCUGGUGUGUUAUUUCGCCACCAGACGAGAAGGAAUUUAUAAAAGCUCAGAAAGAACAUAAGAAAAAGUCCCCAUAUGAUCGGCAUACUCCACUACUCAAGGGAGAUAUAAAAUUUUAUGAUAGCAGGAAAGACGGGAAGAAGCACAAGAAAAUGCUACCCAUAGCGACCAUCAGCGACGCCUAUUCAGCGUAUGCCCUAUAUCCCCAAGCUAAGUCGCUGAUUGAUGCUUCGACGCUGGUCAAGAUCGAAGGAAAUAUCACUAUUCACACGGACCCGCCUACUGAGAGUGAAGGUUUCGUGUUUAUUAUGCCCGAAGUGCAUCCGGCGGUCAGCGGCUUCGAAAUGAUGCUUAGAUUUUUGUUUCCUACCUGGGACACAUUCGGCCUCUAUGGCCGCCCUGGGAGAUUGGUUGCGAGCGUCCUCGAUUCGAGGUCCCUUAUGUUCGCCAUGCCGAAGCACAAGCGCUAUGGCUACUUAGAAUUAAUGGAUGUGUCAGGACUAAUCUUAACUGAAGGUAGUUCAAGCUGGAACGAACGAGAAUGGAGGAAGAAGCUCAAGGAGCUAACUGGCACCCGAAUGAAUAGCGCAGAUGAUGGAGCAAGCUCGAGUUCCAGUUCGGGACAGGCCAACGGCCAUAGCAAGCGCCUUAGUUUUGGCCCCUCCGCUGGAGGUUCUGCGAAGCCUCGUGUUGGUUUUGCUGACGAAGCCCCCCCUGCCGUUCGUACAUCUCGAUCCAUGUCGCUCGGUAGUCAACCUCCCCCCAAAAACGAUCCGGCCCCUCCUAUUCCCGAUCCCUCUGCAGUGAUCGGAGAUAAGUCCGGCCAUGCUCGCAAUGUGUCAGACUCUAGUAUCCCUGGCUCUAUGCCUCCUCAGCCGCCCUCUUAUCAGGAUAGCCCCUAUGCGUCGAGCCCAGCCUCAUCCAUGAGAGGCCCUAAUGCAGGACGCGCGUUCAUAAACGAUUUAGCAGCGACUCCGGAGCGUAUGAGUUCCGACGAAGAUCGAGCGGACCUUCCGAUCCGCGAUUUCGAAGGAAUGCGGAGGAUGCCAACCCCGGAGCCAGUAUCCCAACCCCCUAGUUUCUCCCACGCACCUGGUCAUGUCCCUACGACCCGUCCUUACCACUCACCCGAGAUGCGUCGCGCUAAUAGCCGCUUAUCCAUGACUACCCUUGCGCAGCUUGCAACAGCUGGCGGGGUUCCCGUAGGCGAGGACUUACGAGACAAUGAAAGGAGCAACGAGGAACGCCGUGGACCACCUUCACGGGGAUCUGACCAACGUGGUCAACAACUUCCGGUACAUGCACACGCUAACAACGCUGGGAUAUCUGCUAAUGCCGGAUCUCGUGAAGUUUUAAGGGAAAACCAGCCACAGUCUCCUGGGCUGCCGCCGCCGCAAAUGGACCCAUCCGGAAUGAGAUCGAGAUCGCCGCUAAACCAAACUAUGAGUCCUCCACCCCCUGGCCCGCGAGGUCCCAGCCCAGGUCCCGGUAACCGGCCAAAAACACCCAACUCUCGACCCGGUACUGCGUCUGGUAAUCGACCUCCACAACCCGGAUAUGGCCCGCCGCCAGGUAAUAUGACUCCAGGUCAACGAGGACCACCUUAUGGUAUGGCUCCCCCCGGAAGAGGUCGCGGCCGUCCCCCGCCGAAUAUGGCUCCGGGGCGAGGCCGACCAAACUACCCACCCCAGGAGAACAUGUACCGCGGCUAUCCACCGCAAGGCCCACCAGGCCCUGAUGGGCCGAGAUCUCCAGCUAACCGCCAGCCUUUAUCUCCGCUAAACACUUCCCCCCCUAUUCACAGAAAACCACUCCCAGCUCGUAGCGACAGUCUACAACACCGACAUGUUUACGACGAUGUAACACCGCAGUCCCCAUCUACAAGUAGUGGAAGUUUGACGGGCAAUCGCAUCGAUGCGGCUGGACUAGGCCAGGUCCGUCCUCUUAAUACGACACCCCGAGCCCCUCCAAAUGUUGGCGUACAUCGCGUUGAUACUAGCAAAAGCCAAUCGAGUAGCCGAUAUGAUGAUUCGGCAUCUACCGACAGCCCCGACUACGCUAGUUCUCGUCCUUCGACGGAUACAGCAACCUCAAGCGACCGGGAGCGGCCACGAGCAGGUGUCCUCCGAACAAUUGGGAACACAGAUGAUUCUCCAGUACAAACCCACGGCGCGACUUUUGAUAUUCCGGACAUAAAUUUUGGUCCGACUUUGAAUUAUGGAACAGCACCUGUCGCGAAGACACCAACACCUAGCAACCCACAGCCGAGGUCAUUCUCACCCGGACCUCGCUCUAAUUCACCGGCUCACGUACCUCCACGUAGAUCACCUGGAGCUGAGAUGGGACAUAACCGUCAAGAGUCAGAGGAUACAUUGCGACGUAGCAUGAUCUGGCAACCUGCAACUCCUGGGUCUGGCCCCGCGGGACAGGGCUUGUCACCCGAAGAGUUCGUCCAGAAACGAGCAGUUGCUGCUGCAGUUACGCCGCAAUAUGUACAUCAGAGGCAUUCGUCGGGGAUGAGUCUUGGGGGUUUGAGAGCGGGUACGCCAACGCCCCCAUUAAACCGCAGUCAAGGCUCGGAUUAUAUUGGUACGCACUCUCGAAGUAAUUCGCAAGAUCUCUUGCAGCGUCCAAGUUCUCGGGGGCCGAACGAGCUACUCCAACGCCCCGGGUCUAGAGGUGCCGGUGCCGUUCUUGGUGGACAAGGAGUCAGCGACUCACACCUGUCAGCUCGGGAGCAAGAACAUGUUGCGCGUGUGACAGGCUCUCCUUUAAUUAACAUGGCAGGUAAUAAGAAUGCACCACAAACCAGUGGAGGUCUAGUAGGUGCAAUUGAGGCAAGAGAGCGAGAAAAACAACAAAUGAAACAGGGUUGGAGUAGUCAGGCUGCGCAGUACGCAAUUAAUCAGCGUCAGCAACAGCAAGCGUUUCAACAAUAUCAACAACGUACACCAUCGCCCAGUAUGCCACCGCCUGCUGGAAUGUACUCUAAUAUGGGUCGCGGUAACGUACCUCAGACUCCUGGCUACGGUGGCUUUGGAGGUCCAAUGUCUUACGAGCAAGAAGGCGGCUGGUCGUCGCCUGGGCCGGGGUUUAGGUCUCCACCCCCUGGGAACUUCGAUCCUCGCGUAAACCAGCAGGGCAUGCAACCAUACGCCCAAUUUCCAGCACAGAGUCCACCGACUGGCGGACGAGGACAAAAUCCUCCUUACCACGGACACGCAUUUUAAUCGAUAUAUGACACAACAUUAAAACGCACCGGAUAGCAUUAUAGGACGCGUUCACUAAUUCCUUGACUUGAAGAUUCUUUACGUUGAAAUAUUUACAAGAAUGGAUGUUCUUCAAAGCGCAAGCGAUUACUCAUCAGUAUUUUUUUUCCUUUUACUCAAUCGGGUUGGCAAUUGGCGAGUCAUAUGGUAGAAAGGCAUAGCAUAGUCCCCGGUGCUCAUUUGUUAUUAUGUAAAUAUUUUGGUCCUUUCGAACUCUUGUCUUAUCUCCAAGAGGAGGAGGUUAUUGCAUCUUCAGCAUCAAAUGGAUUACUGAAGCUAUCGGAGUAUGGUUAUUCGUAACGUAUAUGAAUGAUACUUAAUAGUACACUCCGUUACCAGCUGAU